AUGUUUGCUGCUUACAAUACCACUGCUAAUCCUACCAUCACCACAAGUGGCGGUAGUGUAAAGGUAGAGAAGGGUGUAGGUACCUGGAAAGGCACUGCAAACGGCGUAGGUCUGCAAACGGUACGUGGUACCUUGUCUGUAAACCUGGGCGACCGUACUGAAUCACAGCCUUGGUCAUUCCAAUACAUGGUUGGUUCUGCAGGUGCUUCGGUUCAGCUGGAUAAGAUGAACGUAUUUUACAUCGGUGUUACCAACCCGAUCACAGUAACAGCAGCCGGUUAUUCCCUGGAAGAUGUUUUUGUAAAUAUCCCGGGUGCUGAUGUAAAAGCAACGGAGAAGGGUAAAUAUGAUGUGACUGUAAGUGCAGCCACCGGUGCAAAAACAACAGCAACUAUUAUUGCAAAAACACCUACCGGUAACAAGGAAGUAGGUAAAAUGGACAUCCGUGUAAAACGUAUUCCUGAUCCUGUCGCUGAAGUUGGUGGUAAAUCAGGUACCUUUACAAUGCCUGUAAACGUUUUCAGAGCACAAUUGGGUGUUGCAGCUGUGUUGAAAGGUUUUGACUUUGAAGCGAAAUUCCAGGUAACAAGUUUUGAAUUUUCUUAUUAUCCCAAGAGAGGAGAGUACACACCAAUGGGCGUUGUUAGCGGUCCGAGAUUCUCUGAUUCCCCUGCUAUACUGAACUACGUUCAACACGUUGCAAAAAUUGGUGAUAAGAUAUACAUUGAUAAUGUCAAGGCGAAAGGUCCAGAUGGUACCACUCGUUCUUUGGGGAAUAUUACGAUCAUUUUAAACUAA